AUGGAGAGAAUUGACUUAGACUUCCUUAACCACAUUUCAUAUUUGCCUCAUUUACCCUUGGUGGCUUUGGUUGGGAGUGUACUCUUAGGAUGCAGGGCUCUCAUGGCACCGGCCAGAUCCUCCAGCUCCACUGCUGGAGCUGCUGUUUCUGCCUCAAAGGCCGCCACUGCUGCCGAACCAAAGCCAAAGGCCAAGACCAAGGCCAAGGCCAAGGCAGCAGCUGACUCGACCAAACCCAAAAUCACUAACAGGAGCCUCGGGAUUAUGAAGCCAAUGCCGAUCUCACCAGCUCUUGGUAGAUUCCUUGGCGCCUCUGAGUCCUCUCGCGCUGAGGCCGUCAAGCAGAUCUGGGCCCACAUCAAGCUCCACAACCUGCAGAAUCCUGCUAAUAAGAAGGAGAUCCACUGUGAUGACAAGCUCAAGGCAAUUUUUGAAGGGAAGGAAAAAGUCGGCUUUUUGGAAAUUGGGAAGCUUCUUUCGCGCCACUUUGUGAAGACUGAAUGA